CACAUAUUUUAUGUGCAUUGCCUUAACAUAGACAAAAGGUUGGAUUUUGUACAGGAAAAGUUGACCGCUGUUUAACAGCUGGCACAUGGUUCAGUCAAUAAUGACACCAGACGCCGCUUGGGGGUACUUGACGUGAUGACGUCAGGUUGUGUUUUGACGUUCACUGUCGCUGCAGCGUCAUCUGGAGUCAGAGAAGGGAGCCAGGACAAGGGCAGAUAAUCUCCAUCAUGGCAUUGAGAACUGCUGUGUGCCGUCUCAUGGUCAAUCCUCAGAGAUGUGCCAUCAUAUCAUUCUCCAGAGCACAGGGAACUGCAGCACCUGCCAGACGGGAUGCAGAGAAAACCGAGAUGAAGGCCAAAGCACCUAAGGUCCAGUUCAACUGGCGGGAUGCCCUGGACCUGGAGGGGCAGCUGACGGAGGAGGAGAUCAUGAUCAGAGACUCCUUCAGAACCUACUGCCAAGAGAAACUCAUGCCUCGCAUUACCAUGGCGAACAGAAAUGAAGUGUUCCACAGAGAAAUUGUGUCGGAGAUGGGAGAGAUGGGUGUCCUGGGCCCAACCAUUAAAGGUUAUGGCUGUGCUGGGACAAGCUAUGUGGCCUAUGGUUUGAUUGCCAGAGAAGUAGAAAGAGUGGACAGCGGCUAUCGCUCAGUCAUGAGCGUGCAGUCAUCACUGGUCAUGCAUCCCAUUAAUGCGUACGGCACAGAGGAGCAGAAACAGAAAUACCUCCCCAAGCUGGCUCGUGGAGAGAUCCUGGGUUGCUUCGGCUUGACGGAGCCUAACCACGGCAGCGACCCCGGCAGCAUGGAAACCAGAGCCAAAUACAAUCCAUCCAGUCGCACCUACACUCUCACUGGUUCAAAGACCUGGAUCACCAACUCCCCAGUGGCAGAUAUCGCUGUAGUCUGGGCCAAAUGUGAGGAUGGGAAGGUCCGCGGCUUCAUCUUGGAGCGCGGUAUGAAGGGCCUCUCCACUCCAAAGAUCGAGGGAAAGUUCUCUCUGAGAGCAUCCGCCACUGGUAUGAUCCUCAUGGACGAGGUGGAGGUUCCCGAGGAGAACCUACUCCCUAACGUCUCUGGCCUUGGGGGUCCGUUUGGCUGCUUGAACAAUGCCCGUUAUGGUAUUGCUUGGGGUGCUCUGGGUGCUGCAGAGUUCUGUUUCCAUGCGGCUCGCCAGUACACUCUCGACAGAAUCCAGUUUGGUGUGCCGCUGGCAAGGAAUCAGCUAAUGCAGAAGAAAAUGGCAGACAUGUUGACAGAGAUCACCAUCGGCCUACAGUCCUGUCUGCAGCUGGGAAGACUUAUUGAUGAGAAAAAAGCAGCCCCAGAUAUGAUAUCCAUGCUGAAGAGAAACAGCUGCGGUAAAGCCCUGGACAUCGCCAGGCAGGCCAGAGACAUGCUGGGAGGAAACGGGAUCGCAGAUGAGUACCACAUCAUCCGCCACGUCAUGAACCUGGAAGCUGUCAACACAUAUGAAGGUACUCAUGAUAUCCAUGCCCUCAUCCUGGGCAGAGCCAUCACAGGGUUGCAAGCCUUCACUGUGGACAAAUAGAUCCGACCUCUUACUCACUGCUGCUCCCGACCAACAGGAAUCUGCAGUCAGAAGUGUCAACUCAGCAGUGUUCAGAUGAUGUCGAUGAAUUGUCAUCUGUAUAAUGGCAAUGUUUGUUUUCUCUGAGUGCUUUAUUUCGAGAGACAUAACAAGUCAAGCUUGAAGUCUGUCACCGAACUUGUGAAGUGUAAUUAAUUCAGAUGUAGAUUUUUAAACUUAAAGAGGGCUAUUUUUCUACUCUCGAUCACAACACCGUAGCAGUGAUUUGUUUUCAGUUGUAUAGACAAAGUAGAAUUUAUUGAAUGGUCAUUUCCUGUAGUGAAGUAUCAACAGUGAGGUCAAGAUUCUGAUUUGCUGCUGCUGAUUUGUUACUGUAUACAAAGAUAAUACAGCUCUACAGUAAUACUGUAAUCAUAAAGCAACAAAGCAUAAAUGCACACAACUUGUUUGGAAUUGCCUGUGAAGCCUUUUUGUUUCAAAUUUGAUCCAGUUAUCAGUAUGCAGAGGUCACUGUAUGGUUUGUGUAAUCUUACUUAUCUGACCUGUCAGUUGCGUUUGUCAGGUGUAACAUGGUGAUUACUUCUAGCACUUUAGUAGCUCUAUCACUAAGAUGUCAUAACUUUGCAUGGUUUGCCAGAGGUCAAGGAUUUUGAUCUGAGCUUUUGAUAAAUAAAAGUUUUAAGUAUUCCAAA